AUGCACGCACACAGCACCACCGUGAAUUUCAUGCUCUCGCCGGUUCGCAACUGGUCGUCGGCGACUGUAGCCAUAGAUUUGCAGACCAAGGCAAACAAAAUUACAGACUGCCGCCACCACCGGGAGAUGAGGGACGUGAUGACGGCGGACUCUGUGGCACACAUGGUCGCGCAGCGGAGGGUCUUCACUGCUCGUUCUCUAGCGGUUUCAGCCGCCUCUGCAAGGAUGACGACACGUGGAGGCAGAGGGCUGGAUGCGACGUUGGUUGGGGACGGCGGCGAUGGGAUCGAACGGCCGGUUGCCGGCGACAGGCGGAAGACGGCGGCUGCAAGGUGGUGGUGCCGAUUUUGUGUGUGUGUGUUCUGUGCGUGUGUCUGUUAG